AUGGUUGAACAAAAAGAAGAUAGUUAUAUAACAAAUAAGAAGGAAGAUGAAAAUAAAACCAACAAAAAAAUCAUCCAUAUUAAAGAUGAACAAAUAAAUAAAAAAAAGAAAAAAAAGAAAGAAAAGAAAAAAACGGAGGGGAAAUCUGUAACUAAAGAAAUAAAUGAAACGAGCAAUUUAAGUUUGUAUUCAAAUAUAUAUGAAGAGAAAAAACACAAAAAAAAUAAAAAUAAAAAGGAAAAGGAAAAUGACAAAUUGGAUAAUAUUAACGACAGCUCCAAAAAAAAGAAUAAAAAAAAGAAGGAUACAAAAUUAACAAAUAAUGAUGAAAUGAAUGAUGACGAUAUUAUAAGUGAUCAUGAAGAUGAUAUUAUAUAUGACCAUGAUGAUAUUAUAAGUGAUCAUGAUGACCACAUUAUAGAUGAUAAUAAUAAUACACAAUUAAAAAAUAAUGAUAGUAUUAUUAAUAUUAAUAAUAAUAAUAAAGUAACACCAUUCGAUUAUGAAAGACUAAUAGCCUCGGAAAAAAAUAAGAGCGCUAUAUGGAUCAGUUAUAUCGCUUUUUAUUUAGAACAAAAUAAUUUAGAAGAAGCUAGAAAAAUUGCAGAAAGAGCAUUAAAAACUAUUGAUAUUCAUGAAAUUGAUGAAAAGCUAAAUAUAUAUUUAUGUUAUAUAAAUAUGGAAUGUUUAUAUGGUGAUAAAUUAGAUGAUAUUUUUAAAAGAGCAUUAUUAUGUAAUAAUGAAAAAUCAAUUUAUUUACAUACAAUUAAUAUAUUAAAAAAAAAUAAAAAAUUAAUACAAUUAAAAGAAUUAUGUGAAGAAGCAAUUAAAAAAUUUAAAUAUUCUAAAAAAAUAUGGUCAUGUUAUUUACAAAUAUUACAUAAUACAUUUAAAGAUGAAGAAUAUGCACAUAAUAUUUUAUUAAAAUCUUUACAUUCCUUACCUAAAAAAAAACAUCUAAGUAUGAUAAUUAAUGCUGCACGUUUUGAAUAUAAAUAUUCAAAUAAAGAAAGAGGAAAAACAUAUUUCGAAAAAUUAAUUCAAGAAUAUCCUAAAAGGUCAGACCUCUGGUUUACUUAUCUAGAUAUACAUAUCAAUUCAUUAACAAAAAAUGAAAAUAAAGAAAAAAUCAAAUUAAAUUUAAAAGAACUACAAUUUAUUAGAAAUAUAUUUGAAAGGUUUUUGUCAUAUAAAUUUAAACCAAGAGUUAUGAAAAUUAUUUUUACAAAAUGGCUUCUAUUCGAAAAAAGUCAAGGAAAUAUGCACAGUCAAAAAACUGUUCAGGAGAAGGCCUAUAAUUAUGUUGAGAGUUUAAACGCACUUGUAUGA